AUGCAAGGUUUGUGGGGGCCACCCACAUUGAAGAAAGCACUAACUAAUCAGCAUGGACCAUGGCACCUGGCCCAUUGUGAGCUGGCUGGGCUUUCUUGCAUUGGCGGCUGGGUAACUGUGAACCAGCUGGUCUUUGUGUGUCAGCUGAUGAUGGUGUUGCUGCUAGUUGCAACAGACUCUGUUGCACCUGCUCAUUGCACNCUAGUGAAACCAGGAUUAAAUAUUGUGUCCACUGGCCACAAGAAACACUAUGCAAAUGUUGUUGUUGAACUUAAAAGGAAGUUGUCAGAAAUCAAAUUGAAGCUGGACUGGGUUGAACGGUUGGAUCUGGUAAAUGACUGUGCACCCCUUGCACCUGAACUUGCACAUAAGUUACAAGAAGAGGAACUGCAGCAUGAAGCCAAGUUUAGUAAAGGCAAAGGAAAGGGACGAAAAUUGCAGAAUGUUAGAACCGAGGAUCUGGCUCUGAAUGAUUUCCGUCGGGAAACCCUGUUCCAUCGCCAAGCACAGGCAGCUGUUCUUAUUGGCAUCCCUAAACUCAGGGAAAAGGGUGUGAAGACUAAACGUCCAGAUGAUUACUUUGCUGAAAUGGCAAAGUCAGAUCAACACAUGCAGAAGGUACGUGAGGUUCUGAUGAAGAAGCAGCAUGCAAAAGAACGUGCUGAACACGUACGUCAAUUGCGUCAGCUUCGCAAAGUUGGAAAACAAGCUCAAAAGGAGGCUAAGGUCCGACAAGCUAAUGAAAAGAGAAAACUGCUGGAAGAAGUGAAGAAGUACCGAAAAGGUCUGCGCACAGACCUGGACUUCUUGGAUGAGAAAAAGAAAACGCCAAAACCAGCAGCAUCACAAGGGAAGAGGAAGGGACCCACGGAUAAGAAGGUGCAUGCAAAACGUCAGUAUAAAGACCAAAAGUUUGGCUUUGGUGGAAAGAAACGAGGAAUGAAGAGAAAUACAAAGAGUAGUACUUCUGAUGUUUCUGAGUUCAGACGACCAGGCAAACCAAAGCGACCCAGAACUGCCCAGAAACAUCAACGUCCAGGGAAAAGCAGACGCUUGAAAAUGAAAGCAAAAAUGAAGAAGUGAUAAUAUUUUGUACUGGAAGAUAUAGUAAACUCAGAUACUAAAAAUGUGUUUAUGUAUAAUUGGAAUAAGAAAUACACAAUUAUAUGUGCGGGUAAUUGAUGGUCUACUAUAACUCCACAGGAUGAAGUACUUGAAACGUACUAAUAGUUGGUCAACAGGUCAGGAGAUUUUGUGCCUUUUAAAGAACUUGACUAUUGCAAUGCUCACAAAAAUCCAUAACUGACCCC